GAGAAGGGGGUAGCGAGGGUUUACAACGUAUCAGUCUUUCUGCUGGGGAAAUAGCAAAAGGAUCGAUAGCGAUUAGCCAAGAGAGAGACAGUGUUUGAGCGGUGUGUGUAAGAUAUAUAUAGAGAGAGAGGGGUAGGAGCGGAGGAGAUGUGGUUUGGUGGUGGAGCUGUAAGAGAAAUCGGAGGAGUUGCAACGACAUUCGUGAGGCACUUCUCUAGGGAACGUGCGGUGAAUGUGAGGAAAAUCAACCCUAGGGUAACGCCCCAAGAGGCUUCAUCCAUUGCUGAAUCUCUCUACAACAUCAUCAAGCAGCAUGGACCUCUCUCUGUUUCCAACACUUGGAACCAAGUCAAGGAAGCUUCUAUUAAUGGAUUAAACAGCAAAACACACAUGAAGAUAAUGCUGAAAUGGAUGAGGGGGAGGAAUAUGCUCAAGCUGUUUUGCAACCGAGUUGGUUCCACCAAGAAAUUUCUGCAUUGUACUCUGCCUGAAGAACCUCAAACUGAGCAAUCAAAAGCGGCCCUGGAACUGCAACUACAGACCGAGAAACCUUCUAUGAAGAGGAAAAAACGAAUAAAAUAAUGCAUGGGCACUGAGGGUAUUCACCAGGCCUUGAACUGUGCCUGUUAAUGGCAACAUGAAUAAUGCCUAUUGUGAUCCAUACUGGCUUGAUUACUCCUUUUGGCUGAACACAUGAUUAAAUCUUCACCUUUAUUGUAACUGGACUCUUGAGUACUUUGGCAAUGUUUUUUGUGUCUUAAUACUUUGUCAUCACGCUGUGCACUAGGUAACAGGCUUUGAAGCAUCAGAUCCCGAUCCUCUCUAGGUUCCAUACUAGGGCAAUUUAUAGCUGAUUAAGGUACUCUUAUUAUUAUUUGAUAGCUAUAAUACGGGUAGUGCCUGGCGUGCUACUGUGCUUUUCUUUUACAA